UAGCAGAGGGGAAGGGUGCGCCGCGGCCUUGCUCUCGAACCCUCCCUCCCUCUCUCGCUCCCUCCCUCUGCAUUUUUUUUAGUCUUCCCUUAAAAAAGAGAUAAUGGGUUCCCGCAGUUUUUGGCGUCUCGUGUCGUGUCGGGCGCUAAGAGAAGGACUUUAUUAACAGUGUGUGAAGGAACGAAUGAAAAAAAGGGGAAAAAAGAAAGAAAAAAGUUGACAGAAAACUAAAGAUAAGGAAAAAAGGAAAAUAAAACUGAAAAGAAAGAAAAUAACGAAAGAAAAUUAAAAAGAAGGAAAAAAGGAAAACUAGAAAAGGAGAGAAAAAGGACAAAGAAAACUAGAAAGAAAGAAAAAAACUAAAAAGAAGGAAAAAAAGGAAAACAAAAUAAAACAGAAAAGAAGAAAAAAGGAAACAGAAAAGGAAAAAGGAGAAGAAAACUAAAAAAAGAAGGAAAGAAGGAAAACUAAAAAAGAGGAAAUAUAAAAAUAAGGAAAAAAAUGAAAAACUAAAAAAAAAAAAGAGAGAGAAAAGAAAACAGGAAAAACAAAACAAAACAAAAAAAGAAAAAAAAAGAAAACAGUGUAUUGAUAAAACUUAAUCCAGACAUACUUUUUCUUUCGCCUUUAAUGAGAAAAUUCCGAAAAUUCCUGUAAAAGAGUUUGUGCCUGCGAGAAUUUGUCAAGGUAUUAUUUUUUUUGUGAUUUUCUUUUGAGAGGAAAAAAAAAGAAAAAGUGAGAAAAUGUGAAAAGAAGAAGAAGAAGAAGAAGAAGAAGAUAAACGAAGGGAUAGAAGAAAAGGGAAAAGACACUAGAAAAGAAGGAAGGAAAGGGAAAGAGAACUAGGAAAAGAGGGAAAAAACAGGAAUAUUAAAAAAAGAAAAAAAAAAGAAAAGAAAAGUAGAAGAAAUACCGUAGCUGAUAAAAAAGAAGAUAAAAGAUAAAAGAUAAAGAUAAACAAAAAACAGAAAAAGAAGAAGAAGAAAUAACUGAUAAAAAGAAGAAGAAGAAGAAGAAGAAGAAGAAGAAAGAAAGAAGAAAGAAAAUACCAAGCUAACAGGAGGAAGGAGAAAUAUGUAACACAGAAGAAGACACGAAAGGAAGAAAGGAGAUAAGAAAGAAAGAAAUGAAAUAGGAAGAGGAUGAAGAAAUGAUUAAAAGAGAAGAAGAAAAAGGAAAAAAAGAAAGAAAUACAAAAUAAGAGGAAGGGGGAGAGAUAAUUGAUUCAGAAGAAGAAGAAGAAGAAGGAGAAGAGGAAGAAGAAGAAGAAGAAGAAGAAGAAGAAGAAGAAGAAGAAGAAGAAGAAGAAGUAGAAGAAGAGCAAGAAAAAGAACAAGAACAAAUAGGAGAAGAAGAAGAAGAAGAAGAAGAAGAAGAAGAGGAAGGGGGAGGAUAACAAGAGGAAGGAGAAAUAAUUGAUGUAGAAGAAAAAGAAAGGAGGAAGGAAGGAAAAUGAAGAAAUACAAGAUAAUAGGAAGAGAAGGGAGAGAUAAUUGAAGAAGAAGAAGAAGAAGAAGAAGAAGCAAAAAAGGUGAAAAAAGAAGACAAGGAAAACGAAGAAAAAACAGAAAGAAAAACCAAUAAAGAGGAAGAAGAAGAAAAGAAGAGGAAGAGGAAUAAAGAGGAAAAUAAAGACAAAAAAAGAAGAAAAAUCAACAUAAACACUAAUAAAAACAAACAAAAAAUCAGUAAAGAGGAAGAAUAAAGAGGAAGAAGAGGAAGAGGAAGAGGAAGAGGAAGAGAUGGUGUCCGCAGGUGGUGUCGUGAUGUGGAGUGUGGUGGUGAUGGUGAUUGCAGGAACGGUUGGAGGAUGGAGACAUGGAGGGGGAGGAGGAAAAGGAAGAGGAGGAGGAGGAGGAGGAGGAGGAAAUAGAGUAGAAGAUCAAGAAGAGAGAGGAGGAAGAGGAGGAGGAGGAAGAGAAGAGGAAGAACAAACAGAAGGUACCAGGUGGCAAGAUAGUAUUACCAACGCCCAGGCAGGGGAUCAUCCAAGCAGGUGGGAGAGCAGUGUUGCCAACCCCCACCACCACUUCAGACGGAUCACACCUGAGCAACAGAACAACACACAGGUGACUGCCCAGGUUGGCGGCACUGCUACGCUGCGUUGCUACACUCACUACUUGGCGGACGAGAUGGUGACAUGGAUGAAGCGUGACAAGGACCAGUUGCUGACGGUGGGCGCUCAGGUGUACUCCUCCGAGGCGCGUUACUCCGUUAGCCACUCCAGACAUCAGAAGAUGUGGGAGCUCCAGGUGAGAGACGUGAGGAAGAGUGACGCGGGUCUGUACGAGUGCCAGCUGACCACACAUCCGCCAGCCUCACUCUUCUUCUGGCUCAAGGUUGUGGAGGCAAGGGCAGUGAUCAGGGGCGGGUCAUACGUGCAUGUGGCCACGGGAGGAAGGCUCGCCCUGCACUGCUCGGUCCACCUCGCCACGGAGACUCCCGCCUACAUCUUCUGGUUCCACAACGGCACCAUGGUUAACUUUCUGCCCCGGGCGUCCCUGCGUGUUACCUCCCAUUCUCGCACCUCUUCCAUGCUGCAGGUGUCCCGGGUGAGGUGGGAGGAUGCUGGGACCUACACCUGUGAACCACACCUGGCCACACCUGCCAAUAUGACCGUGCAUGUUGUGGAAGGAGAGAAACACGCAGCUCUUCACAACGGCAAGCAACAGGAGCCAACGGACCAACACCAGCACCAGCACCCGGACUCCCCCACGCUCGUCAGUAGUGGACCCGCCCGCCCUGGCCACGCCCCCUCGCUCUCCUUCUUCGCGCUGAUUGGCUGGUGUCUCUGCCUCCCCCUGGCGGUCGUCCAAUGGCGUGGAGGCUUCGGGAGCGGGAGCGUUCUUGUGCAGACUACUUGAUGUUCUUUUCUUUGGGUUGGUUUUGGCCUGUUUUUUCUCGUUUGUUGAUUUUCUUGUUUGUUUUGAUGUAGUGUUUUGUUUUUUAGUGUUUUUAGGAUUUUGUAUUUUUUGAGGUUUUGUUCUGGUAUUUUAUUUUGCUUCGUUAUUCGUUUUCUUAUAUUUUUGUUGUUAUCCUCGUCUUCUUCCCUUCAUGUCUUCCUCCUCCAUUCCUCCUCCUCCUCCUCCCCCUCUUCCUCCUCCUCCUCCUCCUCUUCCUCCUCCUUCUGUAGUGUUUUCAAGAGAGGAGUUUCAAGACGCCUCCCGAACUCUUUUUUUUUAUAUUUUUUUUUUGUUGUUGAUUAUCUUCUCUUGUUUUGAUUAAUUUCGGCUUUUUUUGUUUACUUGUUGAUUGUAUUGUUAGUGUUCUGUAUUAGUUGUUUUGUUGAUUUUUAAAAUCUUUUUAAACUUUUUUUAAUCCAUAUUUCAUCUCUUAUUUAUUUAUUUAUUCAUUUUUUAUUUGAUUUUCUUUUGUUUUUUCAUCUACAUUUUACGAUUUAUUAUUAUUAUUAUUAUUAUUAUUAUUAUUAUUAUUAUUAUUAUUAUUAUUAUUAUUAUUAUUAUUAUUUACACUGCUCCCCUUCUUCCUUCCACCCUUCCCCCUUCACCUUUCCCCUCCUUGCCUCUCCCCUUUCCUCCCCUUCCCCCCUCCCCUUUCCCUCUCUCUCCCCCUCCCCUUUUCAGCUUCUUCCUUUUUAUCUCUGUUUACUAUAUAUUUAUCUCAUUAUUACCCUUUAUCCGUUUUUCCUUUAUUCACAUCUACGUUAAUAUUUGUUUUCCUUUCUAUUAUCCAACAUUUAUUCUUUCUUAUCUUCCUCUUAUCUUCCUUUUAUCCUUCCCCUUUUUUUAGCCUUUCCUUCGUUCAUUAUCUUUAUUCCUUUAUUCACAUUUAUUUCAGUACUUGUUUUCCUUUCCUUUAUCCAACAAGUAAAGAUAGAAAUAGAAGGAAAAGAAUAAAUAUGUCCAAGAGAAAAAAAAAAACGGGAAUAAUACCUGUUUUUGACGUGUCCUGGACUGUAUAACUAUUACCUGUGUGUAUACCUGUGUGUGUGUACCUGUGUGUGUGUAUAGCUGUGUACGCCUACUGUCCACCUGUGUGUGUAAUUAAUGUAAAGGUGUUCAUUACCUAUGGUUACUAAUUAAGGUGUGUGUGUGUGUGUGUGUGUGUGUGUGUGUGUGUGUGUGUGUGUGUGUGUGUGUGUGUGUGUGUGAGAGAGAGAGAGAGAGAGAGAGAGAGUGUGUGUGUGUGUGUGUGUGUGUGUGUGUGUGUGUGUGUGUGUGUGUGUGUGUGUGUGUGUGUGUGUUCGUUCGUCUGUUUGUCUCCCUCCGUCUCAUGAUGCAAUAAAAGUCAUUACUGUAGACGUGUGUUUGUUUGUUUGUUCGU